AAGAGAUUAGCCCCGGCGAGCUGAGAUAAAUUGUAAUCAAAAUGAAAGAAAUCAGGCUAGGCGAGAACUUAAUAGGUAUAAUAUGCAUCGCAUAGCAAGAAAUAAUAUUGCUAUAGAGAGUAACUACCUCGGAGAAUUAAACCAUAAUUGUCAGUAUUGCAGUGCAAAGAAGUUUUUAAAUGAAACUCAUUUUUUGUGCUGCCAUUCAGGAAAAGUUGUAUUAGCUCCUCUUUCUCUUUAUCCGCCAUUGUUGACUGGUUUAAUGACAGGAAGCCAUGUUAAUCAUGCUGUAAAUCAAAAUUUUUUUAAAAUUUUUUUGAUUGUUUUUAUUGCAUGUUUAAUUUUCUUUCAUUUAUCUCUAGCUGCUGCUUCUUCUGUUACAACUGCUGCUUCUUCUGUUACAAGCUCGAAGUCAUGGGAAGAUUUCCGAAAGUAUCGCUCCCAGCAUCCAGGCCCUCUAUCUAUGAGGGCCUUCCAUCGCUGGUGUUUGUAUAGGAACGACCAUCCCUCCUUUAGAUGGAGGGAUGGCACCCCAUACAACACAGGGAAUAGAGCGGAUGCUGGGAGGAGAAGACAACGUGGCUCAAAAGUUGUCAAUAAUUUUUUUACAUUUUAAAAUGUAAAGAAAUUGACAACUUUUGAGCCACUUCAUUUUUUUUUUGUAAUUUUUUUUUUGUAAUAUAUUUUUGUAAAUUUA